UGGAUGCGCUGGUAAACCGUGCAGUCCCGCUCAGCGUCUUCGUGUUGUAUUUGGUUUGAGACAGGGACACCUUGAUGAAACAGCAGGAACUACGAGGACUGUUGUUGCAAUGGAGUCGACUCUCCCACGGCUCAAAGAGCGUCUGUAAACCUACAACAUCUCGUUUCAUGGCGUUCUGCAGGUCGCUCCGCUCCGUGGACUUCUCCAUGAUUCUUUUCUGAAUCAUUUUAUAUAUUUUUUUUCUCCAUCUUUUAUUUUUUUUUAUCUUUUUUUUUAAGCGCAAAGAGGGGAAAGAGGAUCAAAUUAUGAACGAGGAGAUGACCAAAAGCGAGGAGCAGCAUCUUAGUUUGCAGAAAGCCUUGCAGCAGUGCGAGUUGGUGCAAAAUAUGAUUGACAUAAGCAUUUCUAGUUUGGAGGGUUUACGGACCAAAUGUGCCACAUCCAACGACUUGACACAAAAAGAGAUACGAACGCUGGAGGGGAAGUUGGUGAAGUACUUCAGCCGCCAGCUGUCAUGUAAGUGCAAAGUGGCCUUAGAGGAGCGCAGUGCUGAGCUGGAGGACUUCCCUCGCCUCGGACACUGGUUCCGCAUUGUCAACUUGAGGAAAGAGGUCACACAGGAGAUGAGUGCAGGUGAAGUGACCCUGGAGGGCCUGCUUGAGAUGAGUGAGAAGCAGGUGUGUGAGCUGCUGCAGAAAUUUGGUGCCAAUGAAGAAGAGUGUGCUCGACUCAACGCCUCCCUGUCCUGCCUCAGAAAGGCCCACCAGCUUGAACAACUUGAGGAGGAUAAAUUGCACAGUAACGGAGGGAGCCAGUCGAAGCAGGACUGGUCCAUCCAGUGGCCCACCUCUGAAUCGGGCAAAGAAAACACUCCAGUGUGCCAGCCUGAGGCCAGUCAGUGGAUUCGGUUCCAGCUCUCCCAAAGCCCCAAAGUCCAGUCCAAGUACAACCAGCACAUGUGCGACAGCCCCCAGGCCCUGCACCCCCCUUUGUACGUUGAACGACUCACUGUUGACAGUUCGGCCACAGGGCUCUUCCCACUCUUGGACUCCGGUCAUCGCUCCCUGCCCCCAUCACCCCGUCAGAGGCAUUUUGGCCACACACCUCCUCGGACUCCGUUGGUAAUCAACACAAUGACCCCUCCAGGCACUCCUCCCAUGCGGCGAAGAAACAAAGUGAAAGCCCCAGGAACGCCACCUCCGCCCAGCCGCAAGCUCAUUCAUCUGCUGCCUGGCUUCACCACGCUGCACCGCAGCAAAUCCCACGAGUUCCAGCUGGGGAACCGUUUGGAUGACACACAGACACCAAAAGCCAAGAAGAAGACCAAGCCCUUGAACCUUAAGAUCCACAGUAGUGUGGGCAGCUGCGAGAAUCUGCCCACGCAGCGCUCACCACUCCACACUGAACGAUCGCUGCGAUCCUUCUUUUUCCCCUCCUUCAUUCCUUCCACACCUCCUGUCCAUGCUGAAACACCCUCUGCAAACACUCUCUCAGUGCCUCGCUGGUCCCCACAGAUUCCCCGAAGAGAUCUGGGAAACUCAAUAAAACACAGGUUUUCCACAAAAUAUUGGAUGUCCCAGACAUGCAUAGUGUGCGGAAAGGGAAUGUUGUUUGGACUGAAAUGUAAAAACUGCAAGCUGAAGUGCCACAACAAAUGCACCAAAGAAGCCCCACCUUGCCAUUUACUAAUCAUACAGAGAGGUGGACGAGAAUCUCUCAAAGAUCAACAAGGAACGACUCAAGUAGCUCGUCUGGUACGGACUGAAUCAGUGCCAUGUGACAUCAACAACCCGCUCAGGUACACAGACCUGCACAUCAGUCAGACGCUCCCCAAAACCAACAAAAUCAACAAGGAUCACAUCCCAGCCCCGUACCAACCGGACUCAAGCAGUAACCCCUCCUCCACCACUUCCUCCACUCCAUCCUCUCCAGCGCCUCCCCUGCCCAGCAGUGCCACGCCCCCCUCGCCACUACACCCCUCCCCACAGUCUGCACGGCAACAGAAACAGUUCAACUUGACAGCCUCCAGUUAUUUCAAAUACAAGCAACAAUUUAUCUUCCCAGAUGUUGCUCCAGAGGCUCCACCCAGCAGAGCACCGCAGGUCAUCCUCCAUCCUGUAGUGUCUGAGCCAGGGAAUGAGGGUAACCCUUUACUUCAAAUCGAAGUUGAGCCUACAUCAGAUAACGAGGAAGGCAACGACGAGGACUCCGGUGACGAGUUUGAGGAGAUGAACCUUUCGCUUCUGUCGGCUCGCAACUUCCCGCGCAAAGCCAGCCAGACAAGCAUCUUUUUGCAGGAGUGGGACAUCCCAUUUGAGCAGCUGGAGAUUGGGGAGAUGAUUGGCAAGGGACGCUUUGGCAAGGUUUUCCAUGGACGCUGGCAUGGCGAGGUGGCAAUUCGCUUGAUUGACAUCGAGCGUGACAAUGAGGACCAGCUCAAGGCAUUCAAGCGUGAGGUGAUGGCCUACCGCAACACUCGCCACGAGAAUGUGGUCCUGUUUAUGGGAGCCUGCAUGAGUCCACCACAUCUGGCCAUCAUCACUAGCUUGUGUAAAGGCAGGACACUUUAUUCUGUGGUACGGGAUGGCAAAGUAGUGCUGGACGUUAACAAGACUCGACAGAUUGCACAAGAGAUGGUCAAGGGGAUGGGCUACCUCCACGCUAAGGGGAUCUUACACAAAGACAUGAAGUCAAAGAAUGUGUUUUAUGACAAUGGCAAAAUCGUCAUCACUGACUUUGGACUCUUCACCAUAUCUGGGGUUCUGCAGGCUGGAAGUCGGAGAGAGGAUAAACUGAGGAUCCCCAAUGGUUGGCUUUGUCACUUGGCCCCAGAAAUCAUCCAACAGCUCUCUCCAGACACGGAGGAGGACAAGCUUCCCUUCUCCAAACAGUCAGACGUUUUUGCUUUUGGCACCAUCUGGUACGAGUUACACGCACGUGAAUGGCCUUACAAGAGUCAACCAGCGGAGGUGAUCAUUUGGCAGAUUGGCAGCGGGGUGAAGCCCAACCUUGCUCAAACUGGCAUGGGAAAGGAAAUAUCGGACAUUCUGCUACUCUGCUGGGCCUACCAGCAGGAAGAGCGACCCAGCUUCUCCAAGCUAGUAGAUUUACUGGAAAAGUUGCCAAAACGGAACCGCCGCCUUUCCCACCCUGGGCACUUCUGGAAGUCAGCUGAGUAUGUCAAAUGAGCUUUUAGGGACACAAAACAGCAAACAAUCAGCAACAAUUAAAAGUCAGCCACCAUAACUCUCCAUAAAUAGCCCACCUCUUUAAAGAAUGCACUGAAUCCAAAAGCCAGCCCAGUGAUAAAAACUGCCCGUGCUGUGUGUAUUUUCAUGGAAUGUUGGCACGUGUGUACAGAUAAGUUAACUGUCCAGCUUCCCAAAUUUCCUUUGGUUUGAUUUAAACCAUAAUGAAUAUCUUUCCUUUAUCUUUGUUGGUCUUUUAUUAUUAUUGACGUGUUCUCUUCAUAGUAUUUGAUUUAUUUCCUGGAUGUAUCUUGCUUGUAAUUUUUGACUGAUCCCAUCAUCUUGAAAAAAAACAAACAAAAAAACAACAAAUGUAGAUUUUUUUUUUCUCCCUCAUUUUUCUCUUUUUUUUUUUUUGCUUUGAAUGAAUGUAACUGUUGCACAUCACACGUUGUAUAUUGUCAUAGCACUAUUCUGCCAUUUCUUAUGUGUGUCAACUGUGUAGACCAUUCUAUCUCAGUGUUACCUCAUGGUGUCAUGUGUUGAUGUCUGUACAGAGUUACAUGUUUGUCUCAGAAGCUUUAUUUGACUUACAGUGUCCUCUUAUUUACACCGAAAACCAUUUGAAUGUGAAGGAACCAGCGUCACUGCUCGUGUGGGGAUGUGUUGGCAUGACUUAUUAAUAGGAGACUGUUCUAUGAUCAGCCUGUGCUUUGAAUAUUGCCUGUGAACAUAAACGAGACAUUUGAACAAUAACAGCCUUGGGGAAAAUAAAUCCCACAGUAGCCGCUGGUCAGACCAUGACUCCCUAGCUUGACGCUGCUCUGUCAAAUUGCUGACACUUGAAAUGUAUCUCGUCAAUUGUUGCAGAACUAAUUACCCUUCAGAAAUUCUACCACUGAGCCCCCAUCCCCCAAAUGUGUAUCAUUUUCUUAAAAUAGCUACUGAUAGCUGCAGAAUAUAUUAGAUACUGGUAAAAACUCAAUGCUUGCAACUGUAUAGCCCAGAGGUCUCAAACCUGUGGCCCAUGAGGUCCCCCAAUCAAUUUCAUAUCAUAAUAUGGUUUUUUUUAAUGAAUA